AGUUGACCCCUCCGGUUUUCUGCGUGCACUGCCACGUUAGUAGCGGUAGACACAAAAAUACCAGCUACUCUCCCAACCCUAAACAAGAAAACAAAAACUCACAAAUUGAUACGAAUUUAUCUACUAACUCGCAACCAUUUGCGUCUGCAGCUUUCGUCUCUGUAUUUAAGAAGAAAACUCGACGGUAACUAUGUUUAAGUUUUGGCUGCUGUGUACACUGGCCGUUGCCAGCAGGGCUGACAUCGCAGAAGAAGAUGAUGUCUUGGUGCUGAAGAAAAGUAACUUCGACGAGGCUCUCCUGGCUCAUCCCAACCUCUUGGUUGAGUUCUAUGCACCAUGGUGUGGCCACUGCAAGGCCCUGGCUCCAGAGUACGCCAAAGCUGCCGGCCUGCUGAAGGCCGAGGGCUCAGAAAUCCGCCUCGGCAAAGUGGACGCCACCGAAGAAAGCGAGCUAGCUCAGGAGUACGGCGUUCGGGGGUACCCCACCAUCAAGUUCUUCAAGGGUGGAGAGAAGGAGUCUCCCAAGGAGUACUCUGCUGGCAGGCAGGCAGAUGACAUCGUCAACUGGCUGAAGAAGCGCACAGGGCCUGCUGUCGCCACCCUGACUGAGGUCACUGCAGCAGAGUCUUUGAUUGCUGACAAUGAGGUGGCAGUCAUUGGAUUCUUUAAGGAUGCUGAGUCUGCUGAUGCCAAAGCCUUGGAAAAAGCAGCUGAAGCCAUGGAUGAUGUUCCCUUCGCCAUGACCUCCAGUGACGAAAUUUACUCAAAGUUUGAGGUGUCCAAAGAUGGCGUCAUCCUCUUCAAAAAGUUCGAUGAAGGUCGCAAUACCUUCGAUGGAGAGCUGACGAAGGAGAAGCUCUUGGCUUUUGUUAAGGCCAACCAGCUGCCGCUGGUCAUCGAGUUCACAGAGCAGACUGCCCCAAAAAUCUUUGGCGGAGACAUAAAGUCCCACAUCCUCAUGUUCCUGCCCAAAGCUGCUUCUGACUUCCAGGACAAAAUGGACCACUUUAAGAAAGCUGCUGAGGGAUUCAAGGGUCAGAUCCUGUUCAUCUUCAUCGACAGCGACAUCGAUGACAACCAGCGCAUCCUGGAGUUUUUCGGCCUGAAGAAAGAGGACUGCCCCGCCAUCCGCCUCAUCACGCUGGAGGACGAGAUGACCAAGUACAAGCCUGAGAGCAGCGACAUCACGGCAGCGAGCAUCAUUGAGUUCUGCACGCAGUUCGUCGAGGGCAAACUAAAGGCCCACCUCAUGAGCCAGGACAUCCCUGAAGACUGGGACAAGACCCCCGUCAAGGUCCUGGUGGGCAAAAACUUCGAGGAGGUUGCAUUCAACCCUACUAAGAACGUCUUUGUUGAAUUCUAUGCUCCUUGGUGUGGGCACUGCAAACAGCUGGCUCCCAUCUGGGAGCAGCUGGGAGAGAAGUACAAAGACAGCAGUGACAUCAUCGUGGCCAAGAUGGACUCCACGGCCAACGAGAUCGAAGAGGUCAAAGUCCACAGCUUCCCUACGCUAAAGUUCUUCCCUGCAGGAGAGGGUCGCGAGGUGAUUGAUUAUAAUGGAGAGAGAACGCUGGAGGGCUUCACAAAGUUCCUGGAGAGCGGCGGUAAAGAUGGAGGCGCUCCUGCAGGAGACGACGACAUCGAUACAGAUGACUUGGAAGAUGUGGAUGACUCGGAUGGCGAGGACGGCGGCGACGAUGACGGACACGACGAGUUGUAAGAGCUGCAGGAAGAGAGAGAGAGAAGGCGAGAGGAGACCCACCCCAACCGUUCCAACCAGUCACCACCACCUUUGCUUCCUCGUGGACCUUCCCUGUCCUGUGAACAUUAACAGUCCACCUUAAACUGUCCUUCAGUAAAGCUAGCCUGAGAACCAACCAGUCUGACCAUCCACGGCUGGUUCGGCAGUUUUUUUUGGUGUUCACCAUCUAAAUCUUUAAUUU